CAGCGUCUCGUCUGCCGGAAAUUCACACGAAGAAGAAGAAUACGUCAAUGAGAAACAUAGGCUAGUUAACAAUAUUUGAUAAGACACAGCAGUCCGUGGUGUAUGUACCUAGCUAGCUACUAUCCGUGAAUACGUCAAUAUGUCAUAUUAAAUUGUCUUUGUUGAGCGUUUGACUGAAACAGAACUUUGCGUUCACAACGAUACUGACAUUAUAGCCACGGAAAAUUUGCUAACACGCUAGCUAGUGUCAACAAACUGCAAGUGACUAGCGGGUUCAAGAGACCCUGCCCAAAAGCGCGAUGCUGGUAACCGUUUUCUGCGCCCCGAAUGACCGCUCGGAAAUCACAUUUUCUCUCGAUGUGUCUCCAGAGCUUGAACUUAGAGAUUUUGUUGCUCUGUGUGAACUAGAAUCAGGAAUCCCUGCUGGGGAAAUUCAGAUCACAUAUGCAGAACAGCCUCUGAAAGACCUGACCCGUGCUUUAGGGACCUAUGGACUUAAGGAUGGAGAUGUCGUGGUGCUUAGACAGGCAGACCGAAGGCCACCACCAGCACAAUCAGCCUUCCCAGGUCUCCCACGUAUUGACUUCAGUUCCAUCGCAGUCCCCGGCACUUCUUCUGGUUCCAGUCAACGGUUCACUCGUAGACAGCAGCAACAGGCCCCAACCUCACAACAGCAGCGCUCUCCACCCCCUGCUGCACCCCCAUCCCUACCGGGCUCCGCCUCCUCUCCUCAGGGUCUGGAUGACCCCGCCUUACUGCAGCAGAUGCUCUUGGCCAAUCCACACGAGCUGUCCCUGCUCAAGGAGCGCAAUCCACCAUUGGCUGAAGCCUUAUUGAGUGGAGACCUGGAGCGUUUCACCAAAGUGCUGUUGGAGCAGCAGCAGGAUCGGGCUCGCAGAGAGCAGGAGAGGAUCCGACUUCUGACUGCGGACCCAUUUGACAUGGAGGCCCAGGCCAAGAUAGAGGAGGACAUCAGGCAGCACAACGUAGAGGAGAACAUGACCAUUGCAAUGGAGGAGGCCCCAGAGAGCUUUGGCCAGGUGGUUAUGCUCUACAUCAACUGUAUAGUCAACGGGUACCAUGUGAAAGCUUUUGUUGACUCAGGGGCCCAGAUGACCAUCAUGAGUCAGGCGUGUGCCAAGCGCUGUAACAUCAUGCGUCUGGUGGACCGACGGUGGGCUGGCAUCGCCAAGGGAGUGGGCACCCAGAAGAUCAUUGGCAGAGUCCACUUGGCUCAGGUCCAGAUAGAAGGGGACUUCCUGCCUUGUUCCUUUUCCAUCCUGGAGGACCAACCUAUGGACAUGCUGCUUGGACUGGACAUGCUCAAGAGACAUCAGUGUUCCAUUGACCUGAAAAAGAACACGUUGCUGAUCGGGACAACAGGCACUGAGACCCUCUUCCUGCCUGAGGCAGAGCUGCCAGAGUGUGCCCGGCUGGCAUACGGGCCCGAGGGGCGCGAGGACGCCCAGCCAGAUGAGAUCGCAGACCGAGAGCUGGCAGAGGCACUUCAGAGAUCUGUACAGGAGAGCGGUGGACAAACUACCUCACCGGAAUCCCCACCAUUCCCAACACUCAAACCCCCGAACAACAUGCCCCUGUCCUCCCUUUCCCCUGGUCACCCCCGGAGCCUUGCCCUGGACCGUUCUCAGUCUGCUCCAGCCUACAUGCGCCAGGCCGGGGCCCCAACACCAGGGCAGAGCCAAACCCAGCCUGGUUUCCUGGGUCUCCCCAUCCCUGGGCCCUCAUCUCAGAACAUACCACCUACAGCCCAACAGUCCUCUCAGACCCAAGCAGUCCUCAGUCCUCUCUCAGACCCAAGCCCUACCAACCCCACCCAGCGACUCCUACCCACCAUCCCCACUCCCCCGGCUCAGGAUCUGUCCACAUGCGCCCCUCCUGCAGACAAGUCUGUGACUGGCACUCCCACCCUGGGAGGUUCAGACAGUCAGAUCCCUCCAGAGAUGUGUGUCUCUGAGAAGGCAAAUAAUGGCUCCCUGUCCCCCCUCCCAGAGGAAAGCCUCCCAAUUCAGCCCAUGGAGCAGGAGGACAUGUCAGUCAACACCACAGAUCACUGGACAUGUCUGAGUAACCCAAGUCAGCAGAGUGGAGAAAGGGGUUCCCACCGUCCCAUCUCUAAUCCCCCAUCACUCACCCUGGAGCCCUGUCUUUCUGGAUCCACAUCUGCAGAGAUGGAGUCUCCCCCUGCCUCCUCUCAGAGCACUGUGCAAUCAGAGAGGGACCAGCCAGAGGGGGAGCGCUGUCCCAACUCUGACCAGAUCCCAUCUCUGGCCCAGGCCCUGCGGGAGCUCCAUGAGCUGCUGGUGUCUAACAGCUGUGGCCUGUCCCCCCAGGACCGCAGUGUCUCCUGCUCCCCCUCACACAGACAGGACGCUGACGGAGUGAACGACAACCACAACCCCACCGCAGAGCCCCAAACCCUGACGCCUGAAAACACCACACAACCCUCCCCCUCUACUGCCAUUAUAGCUGGUGCAGAACCAUGCGAUGCCAAAGCCAACCAUGCUGCUGCUAUGUCUGAUGGAGGGCCUCCUCCUGACUGUGUCCUGCCAGGCACCUCUGGCCAGGAGCAGAGUCUGGAGACUAGGGACAGGGCAGAGGCUGAACCAGGAGCGGGUCAGGGAGAACUAGAACCACAGUGUCCAGACAACUCCAGGGGGGAAAAGAGGGCUGACGGGUAUGGGCUAGAUGCCAGUAAAAACAGAGGGACUGUGUCUGAGGUCCAGAGUCCCUCGCCCUCUUCACUCCAAGCAGACCUGGAGUUCAGGGAGCCCCCGGAGGGGCAGCAGGGGAGGGGCGUGGCAGACGGGAGAGCCUCUGCCAUUGACAACCCAGACACUCCCGGCCUCCAUCCUGAGCCAACACAGCGGAGCCCUCUGUCCAUGGCUGUGGGUUCACCUGAGGAUGACUCCGGCCUUUCGCCCCGCACUUCCCCUCCUCAGGCCCUGGGCCCCCAACACCCCUCCUCCUCUCCAGCCCCUCUCUUCUCUGCUCCACAUCCCGUUAUCGAACAGUUUCCGGCUGAGCACAUCCAGAGGAUCCAGACAGCUGGCUUCUCUGCCAGGGAGGCUGCAGAGGCACUGGAACAGGCCCAGGGCUGUGUGGAGCUGGCUCUGCUGGCUCUGCUGGCCCGCAAGAUCACUGUGCCCACCUAGACACUCACGACAUUACAAUCAUAUGGGAGACCCAGGCUCUUGUCAACAUGGGUUUCAUGUGUACUCUUGUCUUAUUGUUGGUGACAUCUGAACCCCCCUGGCCUCGCAGCCACUACAUGCUAAAGGGGAAAUGCUUUUUGUCUCUUGGUUUCUCACAGACCAUACAACUUAUUUGUUCCUAGAUUGAGCCAAUAUGAUCGGAGUUGUGUUUGCAUGCAGCAGUAGUUGGUGCCUAUUUCAUGGAUUUUAUAGAUUGGUAGAUUGAUUUCCUUAAUUCCCCCCCCCCCUCGUUUAACCCUGUAUAUGCGUAUUUUAUUCUAAACUCAAUUGAACUGCCCCAUUGACGAGAAAAUGUUGGUAAAUGUUUACAUUUGUAUGUGAAAUGGCAUUUGUUUAAAGGGCUGAAGAUGAACCUAAAAUACUAUGUUAAAAUGUCCAAUUUGUCAGCAGUAUUAUUGCUCUGCUAAACAAUUUGUUUUUAAAUUGAUGUUUGAUUUUAACUCUACUCCGAUUCUGAUAAAACCCACCAGACAGUAAACAUAUUACACUGUGGAAAUGACUGCAUUUAAGAAGCAUUGCUAACUGCUGAUCUUUUGUCUUUUUCUGCCGAUUGUUAGCAUUAUGUAAUAUGACAUUCUCUCAGUCAUAUGAUUAUUGCCAAUGCUGGGGAACCUGGGAGUUUAUGUUUAAGACAGCUUGCACAAGAAAAUAAAUCAAGCAGCACUCUUACUUUCAGCACGACUUUGUUGAUAGAGGAACAUCAACAUAGCCAAGGAGUUAAAGAGUAUUGAAUAUUUCUGGGGAUGCAGGUAAAGGAUGAGGUCUUCAAAUAUAACAGCAUGUAUAACAUCUUUGGAAAUGUGAUAUGGUCAUUAAUAAAGGGGGUUUGGUAGUUCCUGUUCACUUUCAGACAUCUAUCAUACAUGCAGAACUGGAAACCUCUCCCACAGUCCAAGUCAACCCUAUCUAGCUGUCAGAUCAUUCAUUCAUAUAUCCAUUAUCAACUUUGUUUUUUUAAAUUGCAUUAUCUGGAUCAUAUUCAUAUACCAACAACAUCGUGGCAGGUUUAAUUAUUUAGAUUUUCUUGUACUCAAUUUAAACUCCCAAAUAAAGUAAAACUGGUUCUUUGUA